CACUUUCCAUCACCGCCAAGUUUGCUGUCAUCGUGCUGUCCGAUCCGGAUGUAGCUGCCUUGACCCCUACCUGGGAGUGUCUGUCAAAAAUCUCACACUUGAGAUCUCCAUAGCCGCCAACAUGUCCGACGCUGACUUUGAAGCCGUUCGCCGGCUCCAAGCUGAGCGAAAUGCUGCUGCAGCUGGAAGUAAAGGUUCUAGGACCUUUGAUCCGUCUAGCCAGCGCACUGACAACUCGACCAAGGCCUCCCUGACUGAAUCCUUCGAUACGGCUCUUUACGAAAGCGAAGGCGCCGACAAGUUUGCGGGUUAUGAUACGUCAAUCGCUGUCAAUGGCGACGAUGAAGAGAUGGAGGAUGCGGAUGCGGGCCAUCGCCUGGUGGGCCAAUACACUGCCACCAGGAGCCAGAUCGACGAGUUUGUCCAGGGCAACGGGGUGGAAGAGGAGGACAUCCUUCUUGGGCGCGAGAAGGCAGCGAGGAUCGCCGACCGUGAGACAGACUACCAGAAGCGCCGCUUCAACCGGGGCCCGUUGACUCCCACACGCGCUGAUCCGUUCGCUGCGAACACUCAUGCCAACGUGGAGGAAGGGGCCGAGGGUCAGACUUAUCGUGAAGUCAUGGCUAUGCGCGAACUUGAAAAAGAAGAAGAACGUGUCCAGAAGCUGAUCGCAGAAAAGCAGGCCCGUGGAGAGAAUGGCGUGACGGAACACGAGGCUACGUUGAAGUUGGAAGACAAGGAGAACGCUGACGCCGGCUCCACGGUCUCCGUCGCCUCCGGUCGCAAGCGCAAACAACGAUGGGAUGUCGGUUCCGAAUCUGCGGAAUUGGCACCUCAGGAUGAGGCUCCCAAGCCUGCCGAACCCGAAACCAAGUCGAAGAGGUCCCGUUGGGACCAAACGCCCGCCCCGGUCGUCCCCGGCACAGAGGAAGCGCCCAAGCGUCGUUCCCGAUGGGAUCAAGCACCGGCACUUACAGCGGCGACUCCCGUCGGCAACCAAGGGCUUGCAACUCCUAUGCAUCCUUCUCAAGUAGGUGCACCUUUGAUUCCAACUAGCUUUGGAACUGAUAUCUCUGGGCGCAAUGCUCCCCUGUCGGAUGAAGAGCUCGAUAUGAUGCUGCCAUCUGAAGGCUACAAGAUUCUUGAGCCUCCUCCGGGAUACGCCCCGAUCCGGAACCCUGCGAGGAAGCUCAUGGCUACUCCGGCACCCAUGGCCAGCUCAACUGGUGUUGGUGGUUUCAUGAUGCAAGAGCCUGAAAGCGCUCGUGCGCUGGGCAAGCAGCUUCCAACUGAGAUCCCCGGUGUCGGAGACCUUCAAUUUUUCAAGCCCGAGGAUAUGGCAUACUUUGGCAAACUCAUGGAAGGAGGUGACGAAAGUACAAUGACGGUGGAGGAGAUGAAGGAGCGGAAGAUUAUGCGGCUCUUGUUGAAGGUCAAGAACGGCACGCCGCCAAUGAGGAAGACAGCGCUGCGUCAGUUGACGGAUAAUGCACGGCAGUUCGGUGCAGGACCUUUGUUCAACCAAAUCCUUCCUCUUCUCAUGGAGAAGUCGCUCGAAGACCAGGAGCGCCAUUUGUUGGUCAAGGUCAUCGACCGUGUUCUCUACAAGCUGGAUGAUCUCGUCCGUCCCUACGUUCACAAGAUUCUCGUGGUUAUCGAGCCCUUGCUUAUCGACCAAGACUACUAUGCCCGUGUUGAGGGUCGAGAAAUUAUCUCGAACCUGGCGAAGGCUGCAGGUCUAGCGACCAUGAUUAGUACCAUGCGUCCGGAUAUCGACCAUGUUGACGAAUAUGUCCGGAACACGACUGCUCGAGCCUUUGCGGUGGUUGCUUCAGCUCUUGGCAUUCCCGCUCUUCUCCCAUUCCUUCGUGCUGUGUGUCGGAGUAAGAAGUCUUGGCAAGCUAGACACACCGGUGUCAAGAUUGUUCAGCAAAUCCCCAUUCUCAUGGGAUGCGCUAUUUUACCUCAUCUGAAGGGACUAGUGGACUGUAUCGCGGACAACCUCAGCGAUGAGCAGGCUAAGGUACGGACGGUCACUGCCCUGGCCGUUGCGGCUUUGGCUGAAGCCGCCAACCCUUACGGUAUUGAGAGUUUCGAUGAGAUUCUUAACCCUCUAUGGACGGGUGCCAGAAAGCAGCGUGGUAAGGGUCUGGCUGCGUUCCUAAAGGCUGUUGGCUACAUCAUCCCUCUCAUGGACGAAGAAUAUGCCAACUACUAUACCAGUCAGAUCAUGGAGAUCCUACUCCGCGAGUUCUCCUCUCCAGAUGAAGAGAUGAAGAAGGUCGUUCUCAAGGUGGUGUCACAGUGCGCCAGCACCGACGGUGUCACAGCCAGUUACCUCAAGGAGCAUGUUUUGACGGAUUUCUUCAAGAGUUUCUGGGUGAGGCGCAUGGCUUUGGAUCGGAGGAAUUACCGCCAAGUGGUUGACACGACGGUUGAUCUUGGACAGAAGGUCGGUGUGGGUGAGAUCCUGGAGCGCGUCGUGAACAACCUCAAGGAUGAGAGCGAACCUUACCGGAAGAUGACCGUGGAGACCGUGGAGAAGCUUAUCGCAGCCCUCGGUGCCGCAGACAUCUCCGAGAGACUGGAGGAAAGAUUGAUUGACGGUGUUCUGUAUGCUUUCCAGGAACAAAGCAUUGAGGAUAUCGUCAUUCUGAACGGCUUCGGCACGGUGGUGAACGCCCUUGGCACCCGUUGCAAGCCCUACCUUCCACAGAUUGUCAGUACCAUCCUCUGGAGAUUGAACAAUAAGUCGGCCACGGUUCGUCAGCAGGCUGCAGAUCUCAUUUCUCGCAUUGCCAUGGUCAUGAAGCAAUGUGGUGAGGAUGCGUUGAUGGGUAAGCUCGGUAUUGUGCUCUACGAGUACCUGGGUGAAGAGUAUCCCGAAGUGCUUGGUUCCAUUUUGGGUGCCCUUAGGUCUAUCGUGACCGUGGUUGGUAUCAAUCAGAUGCAACCUCCUAUCAGAGACUUGUUGCCUCGUCUCACGCCUAUCCUGCGUAACCGCCACGAAAAAGUUCAAGAGAACACCAUCGACCUUGUUGGUCGUAUCGCCGACCGUGGACCCGAGUCUGUCAAUGCUAGAGAGUGGAUGCGUAUUUGUUUCGAGCUCCUAGACAUGUUGAAGGCCCACAAGAAGGGAAUUCGUCGUGCCGCCAACAACACUUUCGGUUUCAUCGCCAAGGCCAUUGGUCCCCAGGAUGUGCUCGCAACGCUCCUUAACAACCUUCGUGUCCAGGAACGUCAGUCGCGUGUCUGUACCGCUGUCGCGAUUGGUAUCGUGGCUGAGACCUGCGCGCCGUUCACCGUGCUUCCUGCAUUGAUGAACGAAUACCGUGUGCCCGAGCUGAACGUCCAGAACGGUGUUUUGAAGGCUAUGUCUUUCUUGUUCGAGUAUAUCGGCGAGAUGGCCAAAGAUUAUGUCUACGCUGUCACGCCUCUGCUGGAGGAUGCAUUGAUCGAUCGUGACCAGGUGCACCGACAGACGGCAGCCAGUGUUGUGAAGCAUAUCGCAUUGGGAGUGGUUGGCUUGGGGUGUGAGGAUGCUAUGGUCCACCUCCUGAACCUGGUGUUCCCCAACAUUUUCGAGACUAGUCCGCACGUUAUUGACCGAGUGAUCGAAGCCAUUGACGCUAUUCGGAUGGCUGUCGGCACUGGUGUGGUCAUGAACUACGUGUGGGCCGGCUUGUUCCACCCCGCGCGUAAGGUGCGCGUGCCAUACUGGAGACUCUACAACGAUGCGUACGUGCAGAGCGCAGACGCAAUGAUUCCGUACUAUCCCAACCUGGAAGACGAUGGGUUGGAUCGGUCCGAGUUGUUGAUUAUAGUUUGAUUCCCAAAAUCGUAUUUCGUUCCUGUAUGUACCUUUGAUUCUACAGUGUUCUUUCACCUUUCAGCAUCAUCAUCAUAUACUGGGCCUGUUACUGUUACGGUGUUGCCAAGGCUGGAUUUGGCGUGUGUCUUUUUAUAAUCAUCGGAGAAGUAGUCAAUGGC